CGUCCGCGUCCGAAAUUUCGAAAGGAGUUCGCAAGUUUUGUACGUUUUGCGCCAGUGGCAUGGCCUGGGCCCUGCAGGCAGAUUGCAGGCUCCCCAUGCCAAUGCCAAUGGCAAUGGAGCUAGGUCAACGUAAAACCUGAAGUUGUUAGAGCCGCUCCUUGACGGCAGCAUGGCUCUGGUGCCAGCAGUGAGGAAUCUUGCAGGUGUUGGAACAGAUUCUCACCUUCCAAAAGCUUUGACCAGACCCUACGUUGGCCCAUUUCCAGAUUUCCCAAGGCCUUCUGCUGAUGAGUGCAGAGGUGUGAAGGCCGCACUGGAAGCAUUGCAUGGACCUGUUGAAAGAAUAAAAGACGCACGGACAGAUCCAAGCAUUAAGCAAGUGCAAGCUCCACAGACGCUGAAAGUAGAAGGAGAAGAAAUCCAGCACCUAGUCAGUGGCAGCGGUGUCAGUAAGGACCAGCUACAAGACGGGCUGAAAAUGCUGACACAUGGGAAUCAAGAACAUGGCUGUCCUAAAAGAGUCAAGGAGGAGGCUGAUGACGCUUCACAUGCAGAAGAUGCCGGACGUCUAGCAAUGGACAAUCUUGAUAGUGGUCUGAGGACGCCGGAAGUCAAGUCAAGCAAACGGCUAAAGGUCUCGCUUUCGGUCCCUGCAGUUCUUGGCUCAAGCAAUGCUGGUAUAAAGAGGGAAGCUGAGAACUUUGAUUUUGAGAGUGGGGCUUCACCACCUUUUGAAUUGAAUAAUGAGCACAUCAAGAUCAGUGCGCAGCCAGUCAAGGAGCUUAGACCAUCUGCUGCGAGAAGCCAUGGCCUUCGAGAAGCCAAGGAAGAACCGGCAGAUUAUACGGCAGGUCUCAAUGUUGCCGCAAGCCUUCCAUUAUACGCCCCGAAUAGUAAUCAAGCUCCGCAGCGUCUUCUUAGGAGUCAAACAAAGGCUAGUCAGAAGGAAAGCAUCAAAGAGGAAACUCCCUCAAAGGUUUCUACUGACAUUGACCAGCGAAAGCCGGCAGGAUCUCGGAAGCGAAACUUUCAAAACGUCCAAGAGGAGCCUCUUCAAACAGUGGCGCCAGUGACGCCACAACCUCAGGUCCUCAACGGAAGAGGGUCCGCGUCACAACCGGCCGUCAAAAUGGAAUUGUCUCUCGCUAAACAGACUUCAUCAUCGUUCCCCCAAGCCUCCAAGUUGCCUCUAACCCAGACGUCAGCAUCACUUCAAAUAACUCAAGCACAACCGCCAGGAGAAACUGCUGGUCAUUCAUCGGUGCUCGACUCCCUGGUACGAACGAUCCUGUCGCAAAACACGACAGACACGAACUCAAAACGGGCAUUCGCCUCGCUGAAGCAGGCAUUUCCCACCUGGGAGGAUGUGAGGGCAGCGGGGCCGGGGCCAUUGGCUGCAUCUAUCAAAUCAGGGGGGCUUGCGGAGAUCAAAGCACGCCGGAUUCUGGACAUUUUAGAGCAUCUGGCGUCGAAGUACGGGGCGCUCGAGCUGGAGCACCUGCGGUCGAUGAGCGACGAGCAGGUCAAGGCGGAGCUGAGCCAAUUCAAGGGGGUCGGGCCCAAAACGGUAGCUUGCGUCCUCAUGUUCUGCCUCGACCGUAACGAGUUCCCAGUCGACACCCACGUAUGGCGCAUCUCCAAGCGGCUGGGCUGGGUCCCCCAGACGGCGGACCGGGAGGCGACGUACCUGCACCUGAACCAGCGGGUGCCCGAUGACGUUAAGUACGAUCUGCACUGCUUGUUAGUUGGCCACGGGAAGAAGUGCCCGGGGUGCGCCAAGGGGGGCCGGCCCCAGAAGGCCCCCGACGGGCCGUGUCCCCUGACGCCCUGGAUUAGAGGGGCAGGUAAAGGGGACAAGAAGUGAUAGGCAAGAUUGUUCGUUGGUUGAGUUGCAAAAGCUCUGGUCCCAAUUGGACGGGAUCGUGGGCUGCAUAAAUAGCACGCGCUCGCCUUUGUAGUUAGCGUCGGAAGGAUACUUUUGAUUAUUUUGCGACCUCAAUAUAACAAGUGUAGCUCAGGUCGGCGUUGUAGUACUGUCGAUGCAUGGGACGUGCUGAAUAUCCUGGGAAAGCUUCGCUAUUUGUGAUUGUCCAUGUCCGUUUCAAACAGUCGCAGCUGGAUCAUUGCUUGGUAUGCACCGG